CUUAGCUCCUCUCUACAUAAAACCCCACACAAAUUCAUAAUUCAUUCACAUUCAAUAACCAUAAAUAACAAAUUCAGCAAACUCAAAAAUGUGUAAAGGAUUUCAGCCAAACGAAAAAGAUCGUCUAAAAAUCAAAGGUUUUUACCUCCAUUUAUCAUUUUCAUCACCUACAGAUCAAAAUGUCCCUCCAGAUUCUCUAACUCUGCAUUAUCUCCCACGGAUUACUGAAAGUCCAUUAGAGAUUAACGACUCCAAAAUCCGGUCUAAUUCGCCCGGUUUCAUUACGCUUCAUCGAGUUGUUAUUAAUAUGUCAGCAGAGAAGGUAACAAAUGGAGUUAUUUACGGAAGUAAAGAUAGAGUUAAAGCAAGUGAAGGAGUUAAAUUGGAGAUAUUCAUGGGUGAUGUUAAGGUUAUAAAGGGUAUGUUCAUGAAAGAUGGGGUUAAUCAAGAGAAUUGGAGGAUUCAUUGUAAAUGCACGUUGGAGAACGAUGAUUUACACGUUAAAGGAGCAGAAGUAUGCGUGGCGGUGGAAGCACCGCCACCGGCCGCUGUGAUAACUGAGAAGGUGGAGAUGGAGAUGAAGAGGUCACGGCGGAGGAGGAGCUGUUUUCAGAAGCUGGAGGAGAUUCCUGAGCAAAGAGAAGGUGAGAAUGAUGGGUAUACUUGUUGCUGUUCGGAGUGUGAAGGUGAAGAAGAGGAUUCAGACGGCGGUGACACGGUGGAAGCUGCGGCGGAGGAGGUGGAAGGAGUUGGAUGGGCAGUAGAUGUAGGGAUAUGGGUGAUGUGUCUUGGCGUGGGGGUGGGGUAUUUGGUCUCAAGAGCUUCUUCAAAGAGCUUAAGAAAAGGAGAUUCAUAUUAUAAACUUAUUCAACUCUUCAGGUGUAAUAUCUAACAAGGGGUGAGAGCUUGGAUUAACCAGUAAAAUUGCUUCGUAUGUGAUCACGGCACGACAAGAUUAAGGGUUCAAGUAGUGUGGAAAUAAUUUCAUGCAGAAAUGCAAAGCAUAGUUCUAUACCAUAUACCUCGUGGUUCGACUUUAGUUAUGUGCCUAUGGGGUUAGGGUAUUUGGUGUCUAGAGCUUCUUCAAAGAGCUUAAGAGGAAGAGAUUCAUAUAAACUUUAUUUUUCUGAAAACAAUUUUAACAAUAGGAUGUAGCAGAAAAUUUUGUACAAGUACUAGUCGUUGAGUAUUAACAAGUGAUUUUCGAUUCUUUUA